AUGCCGACAAUUGAUAAGGCCCUAGCUGUGUUGAGAAAGUAUCCCCGAGUUUGUCAUAAGAAUAUUACAGACCUACCGGGCAGUAGGCAGCCGAAAUAUCAUGGUUUGCAAAGGAAAAAGAUGGGUUUAGGACAUCGUGGUAUGUCUCAACACCAGACAUACCCACCGUUGGGGGUAUUAGGUGAAAAAACACCAUUUUAUCUCUCGGUUCCAAAAGAACCGUAUAAUAAAAGCAGCAUAUCUGCAACUAAUCUUCUCCGAAUAUCUCUUCUGGAGCUUCAGCGAUUGAUAGAUCUUAAUCGAAUUGACCCAUCAGAGCCUAUAGAUAUUUCAACAUUGUGUAAUACUAACCUUUAUCAACUAAAUGUGGAUCAUGAUCGCCAUUAUGGUUUUCAUCUUACUGAAGAAGGAAUUGACAAUUUCAUAUCUCCUGUUAAUAUUGAAGUACAGUAUGCCAGUGAAGAGGUGAUUGCAGCAGUGGAACGAGUGGGAGGAAUUAUAUGCAAUCGCUUUUACGACCUCUAUUCCGUUUGGGUAAAAUCCGAUCCUCAAGGAUUCUUCACAAAAGGUAUCCCAAUUCCAAAGGCCAAAAUGCCUCCUAACACGUUGGUUCCAUUUUACGCAAAUGCUGAAUCUCGAGGUUACUUAGCAGAUCCUGACGCCGUAGCUAAGGCUCGAAUUUGGUUGGCCCAAAAAUACGGAUAUCGUCCUUUUGAUUUAAAUUCAUUAUCAGAAUCCACUCGAAAGCUAAUGUCUAUGCGAAAGGAUCCAAGACAAAUAUUUUACGGAUUGGAACCUGGGUGGCUAGUUAGCAUUCCUGACAAAGUUGUUCUGAAGCCUAAGUCUGAUCUGUUGAAAAGUUAUUAUCGAUCUUAA